AGAUUAUUGGUAGACGUCUCUGAAAAAGCAUCGUGAAAAUGUCACUCUCCAAGUUUACCCUGAAUUUGUUUCGAAAAAACGAUAUUUUUCACUCAAGUCGUGCUUCUUUGAGUACUGUUACUUCCAAAAGAGGUUUGGGGUCUGCCCAACCGGAUAUCGAGAAAAAUCCCGAGAAAUACGAUGAUAAGUGGAAUAAGGCCGUUGCAGACGCAGAAAAAUUAGUUGGGCACAAAACAUCUUUGAUUGGAUUGAGAUAUUUACUAAGUGAAGAAGUAGAGAACGUUGCAGUGCAUGUGAGGAAACUAUCGGGUAGUAAACAUCCCCUAGUUAAAACAGUCAAAAAACUGAUAUAUAACGCCAGCAAUAACGUCCAAACGUGGGGUCUAGUGAUACUCUUGAUUUCAAAAGCUCUUGGACACAAUUCAAAAAUAACUGUAACUAAUGCAGAAGCCUGCGCUGGAUAUUUGCAUUCCCAAAGAGCCUUAGCCGAAAUCACCGAGAUGAUCAGAACGAGUCACGUUGUUCACAGAGGACUGAUGAAUCUGUCGAAGGAUAACACGGAAGAAGAAUUGAGGGAUGUGGUUAACGGAAAUAAGAUUGCUUUAUUGAGUGGUGACCACUUACUGAGCACCAGUUGUCUGGAGUUGGCGAAAUUGAAGAAUCAAGAUCUGGUAGAGCUGAUGUCAUCAGCAGUCAGAGACUUAUCGGAAUCGGAGUUCAUCGGCUUGAGAGAUGACCAAAAUCUCCCCUUACCAUCUCCUCCGAGGAAAAAUGGUGUAAGUACAUUCAAGUUGCCAGAAAAUACUUUGGAACCUAUAAAUUCCGGAGAUGCCUUAGGAGUUGCAAGAGCUGAAUGGACUCUUCGAAGCAUUUUGGAAGGAGGGAACCUACUAGGCAAAGCAUGUCAGGGUGCUUUGAUACUAGCAGGACACUCAACUGCCACACAGACACAAGCGUACCGUUUUGGUUUGAACCUCGCCUUAGCUUGGCAAAUACGCUCAGAACUGCUCCCUUUUGCCCCAGGAUUUUCAGACCCAUUUUCUCUAGUUUCUGCUCCAGUAUUGUUCACCUUACAAAACGACCCGGAGUUGUACAAAGAAAUACAGAAAGGCCAACGAAACGUCCAUGAGGUAAAUUAUGAGAAAUUGAGAGGAUGUGUGUUAUCUGGACCUGGCAUUGAAUUGACAAAGGACCUUCUCAAAGAGCAUUGUAAAAAUGCAUAUGAAUUUUUGGGCAAACUGCCAGAUUCAGAUGCAAGAGGGGCAAUGGAAAGCAUGUUAGAUCGUAUAUCUGAUACAAAGUAAUUACUAUCCUUCGAAUAUCCCAUACAUAUAACUAAAUCAGGUAAUUAUAAUUGCUACAAUGACAUUCGUAUAUACUAAAUCACUGAAUGGGAAAGUUGUAGAAGGUGUUGAAAUAUACAGAAAAAUAUUUGAAUGAGAAAGUACCUGAGUUGAUGGGUAAAAUAUAUAAAACAUAUAUUAAACAAUUUCUGUAUGAGAAAUUAUAUAUAUUAACUAUUUAUAAGGUAUUUUAUAAAAUAAGGUGCAUUGUAUUUUGUAUAUGUAGAUCAUAAAAGAUUGUAUAUUUAUUUUUUAUCAAACCAAGAAUUAAUUAUUAUCAAUUAGAACAUCUCACAUAAAAAUAUAAAUCAAGACCAGUGCAAUCUGGCAUUCAGAUUGGACGUCUAUUGGUUGUGCAAAAAGACUGUCAUAUAUGAAUAAUCAACUGAAGCAUGUUCAGCAUUACAUAUCCAAAAAGCUAAGAAAAUGAAAUAAACAUCUGUUUCUACUAUA